UCCUCAGAGGCAGGAAAUACUUUCCAGGCAAUCUGGGCCUGGUUGUGGAGGCCCCUUUUGCAAAACCUCAGUCUGAAUUUAGUAGACAGAAGUCACUAGGAAUGCCUUGACAGGAUCCUGCCUUAGCUAAGGCUCCCUCCAGCUGCAGAGGGUGUUUUUGUUAGAAUCACACACUGCGUGAAACUGCUCAGAAUAGAGCCAUGAUCUCAACCACGAAAUGGGAACUUAGAUUUUGGAGAAACUAACGGGGACGGACUUCUUUCCUAGCCUGAGUGUUGAGCAGUGUCAUGCCUUGGCGUUUCAGCUCCUCGUUGUCUAGGUGGUGAAAUGACAGAACUCACUCCCUUCUUUGAUUGGUGAUUUUGAAAUAAUGUUUCAUCAAGUUCCAUCUCUUUUACCCUCAUAUGGAAUGUAUCUCUCUGUCUGUUGUUAAAUUACGAUGACAUGUCUGUAGCUAUCAGAAAGAGAAGCUGGGAAGAACAUGUGACCCAAUGGGUGGGACAGCCUUUUAAUUCUGAUGACUAUAACACAGCAUGUCAUCAUGGACUAGUAGCUGACAGCUUGCAGGCAAGUAUGGAAAAAGAUGCAACUCUAAAUGUGGACCGCAAAGAGAAAUGUGUUUCAUUACCUGACUGCUGUCAUGGAUCAGAGCUGAGAGAUAUUCCUGGGAGGCCAAUGGGUCACCUUUCAAAGGAGGCAGAUGAAAAUGACAGCCAUGAAGGUGAAGAUCAGUUUCUUUCUCUGGAGGCCAGCACAGAAACACUAGUGCAUGUUUCUGAUGAGGAUACCGAUUCUGAUUUAUACCUUACAGAUAAUAAACAGGUUUUAACUACCCAAGGGCAUAAAACGUCAGGCCAACACAUGACCGAAGGAGCAGGCUCCUUAGAAAAGACACUGCCCAUCACGGAAAGUAACCAAGGUUCUUAUAACUCCUGGAGAACAGCUGGUAAAACUGAAUUCACACUGGCAAAAGAAAGUGGGGAGAGAAAAGUUACUGACACUAUAAGUAAAAGCCUGGAGCUUUGCAAUGAAACAAGCUUAAAUGAAAUAAAAGAUGCACCCAAAGUAAGUGCAGUUGAUACUUUGAAAGAUCUUGCACCUGAGAAACAAUUGCUUAAUUCUGCUGUAAUUGCUCAGCAACGAAGGAAACCUGACUUCCCUAAAGAUGAAGAUGAAGGAAGCACCUGCAAUGUGGUACAAGAUGAGUUCUUGGCUAUUCCUUGUACAGACAGAGGACUGCCAUUAUUAAAAGCAGAUUUUGGAAGCUGCCUUCUGCAGCCUCCUUCCUGCCUCAAUGGAAUGUCAGCUGAAAAUGGCCUGGAGAAGCGUGGUUUCUCAGAACAUCAAAACAAAAGUCCACCAAAGGUCAAGGCACAAGAUGACAUGCAGUGUUUACACUUAAAAGAGACUAUGGCCACCCAGGAACCCACAGAUAACCAAGUCAGACUUCGUAAGAGAAAGGAAAUAAGAGAAGAUCGAGAUAGGGCACGGCUGGACUCCAUGGUGCUGCUGAUUAUGAAACUAGACCAGCUUGAUCAGGACAUAGAGAACGCCCUCAGCACCAGCUCCUCUCCGUCGGGCACACCAGUGAACCUGCGGCGGCAUGUUCCUGAUCUGGAAUCAGGAUCUGAAAGUGGAGCAGAUACCAUUUCAGUAAAUCAGACACAAGUAAAUUCGUCUUCUAACUCUGAGUCCACUGACCUACCAUCUUCCAGCCCACUGGCCAAUUCUGGAACCAAACCAAAGACUAUGGUACACCCUUUUCACCACAGUUCAAAAGCAAUUCUUGAGCCAUGGAUCAAUUUUACAGUUGGACUAUCAGAAUGA